AUGGCCACGAAGCCGCACUGUAGCCUAUCAUCACAACACCCGCUUAUUCUCCCUGGGAAGGAGAACAGAGCGAUACUUGAUCCGACGGCCUCUCGGAUCGUUCCUGUGAAGCCCUCCGGACCAAGUUUCAGCCGACAAGCUCGCGCGUCCCGAGAUAUUGCUCGCAUCCGCGUGGACCCCGUCGCCAGUAAGCCGGCCGCAGGCCUGGCGACCAGCCAUCGAAGGCAGAAUCGAUCUAGAGAAGCCGGCAAGAAGAAACAGGGCACCACCAGAAAGAGCUCGCGGAAGACUCACCGGCGCCCUCGGAACCAUCUCACCCUCGACCAGCGCCUGGUUAAGAUCGAGCGAAUCCUCAACCGUUGGACAUCGCGCCCCACCACCGCCGCCCAGCUGGCCAAGUACCAGCGCCACAUCCUCAGGAGUGUGUUCAAGCAGCUGAUCGAGGUGUCCGGUGCCAUGGAUGAGCUUUCGGUCCGGUUGAACGAGGAACAGGAGGUCUUGGUCAUGAGGGUGCAGCAGGCGAUGUGGCGCGCGGGGGAGAAGUUGCAGCGGCUCAGAGGCGAGGGGAUGGAUUUGGGAUUUCACUGA